CAUAUAUUUUCCGCGAAUGGGCCGGUCUAGUCCAUUUGUGAAGCUGAUGUAUCCGCGGUUGGGCCGCAUCAUAUAUAAUAGUGGUACCAGCUGUUCGUUGGGCAAAUCGAAACACUCUACACAGCCAAGAGCCAACAGCUUCAGCAACUACUGUCUUCCCCUGACAACAUGAAGUUUUCAACGCUCUCCCUUCUCAGUCUCGCCGCCAUUAGCACACCAGCCCUUGCAUGUGUACAAUUCUCCCUGAACUUCAACCUCGAUGCACAGCGUAUAAAUGCCGCUUUAACAGAUAAUGGCGGUCAGAAAUGCGCGAUCACGGACCAGUUCUUCGGGAUUAUAAACAACGGCUAUGAUACCUGGGUUUAUUUGAGUUGCGUUGGAGGCUACCAAGCUGGCAUUUAUUUGGCCACUGGAGAGGUUCACUAUAAAUACGGUAGCUUUGAUGGAACUUUUGGUACGACGCAGACGGUAAUUGGUCAUACGACUUAUUGGACUGCGAAUGUUUGGGGUUGUUAGUAUUGAUCAUUAUUAGCAAUGACUACUCCCACUUCAGGC